AUGGCUGCGCUUAAUAAUUCAGUCCCUUAUCAGGUCUGCGUGCCUUACCUGAGCUUGAAUGGAAGUGAUGCUUCGAAGUCCUUCGGCCGUUCCAUUAAACUAGCAGAUGUUCCAUCUUAUCUAUGGUCAUUUGUGACAAUAUGGAGGCUGCUGGUCGCCCUCCUUGUACUUGGGAACCUUAAGAAUAUUCCCUUAAUGUGGCAUCUGCGGAUAGUCAACGCCUUUAGAUUUGCCUGUCGGAGUCAAAGACCGAAAGUGCCUGUGACAUGGGAACAUAUAUUCCAACCUUUGAUCACAACAAAUCAUGCCCCAAUCAUGGAAAUCGAUUUCAAUCUACACACGACGCUCUUAGAAUCCAACUCUUCUUACUUCUCGGAUCUCGAUGUCGCCCGUACGCAUCUCGUAUGUACUCUAUUCUCCACCGGCCUCGAACACUUCCGUGGCGGAACAGCAGCCAUGAACGGUUCGAAAGAGCCUCUCUUCGGGCUCGCCCUCGGCGCAGUCAGCUGCUCCUUCAAGAAAGAGCUUAAGCCAUACGAGACUUAUGAGCUCUGGACCAGAGUCUUGACAUGGGAUGAGAAGUGGUUUUACAUCCUGACUCAUUUCGUGCGCAAGGACAAAGUCGUACCAAAUAAAUACACCCUCUAUCCCCAACAAGGCUCCUCCGGCAGGGAAGAGUCGAAACACAGCAGCAGCGGCUCAGGCCCCGAUGACACGCUUAGCAACAAAGCCAUAGUCGCGACCGCGCUCAGCAAAUGCGUGUUCAAGCAAGGACGCCGAACCGUCUCACCCGCGCUCAUGCUCAAGAUCUCCGGCCUGCUACCCGUCAAGUCACUCGACGAGAGCCUUGGGCUGCACGGCGAUCCUACAAGUGUCCCAUCAUCCCGGUCUUCUGAUUCGGGAAUCGAGAUAAACGAUAGCAGAGAAAUGCGGGAUCUGGAAAAGAUCGAAAAUGAACGGCUGCGCGGUAUGGCUGUGGCUGCUACGCUGACGGCUCAGGGACAGGAUCCGUUGGAGAUGGAGUUUACAGCUGAAGGCGAUGCGCUGGGAAGACAUACGGAUGGGACGGGGAUUACGGGGGUGAUUUCUACACUGGCUCAACUUGCACAUCUUAAGACGAGUCAGAUUUUAUAG